AUGUCCUUAUACGGAGGAAUCAAGUUCACCUCCAUUCCCAACGUGAAUGGGGAAAAGCAACAAUCUAACGAACAAUCAUCUUCUCAAGCACAAGCACAAGCUCAAGCUCAAUCGCUGAAUCAAUCACAAGCAUCUUCUUCCAGUUCAUCUUCCACGGGAACACAUACGAAUGAACCAAAGCCUCAGAUACAAAAACCCGGAGAAUGGUCAGCAGCAUUGAAAUUCGCUCCAAGAGUGAAUAAACCGAAACCUGCUCCUGCAACUACUCGUCCAAGUGGAUUCACUUCUUCAAUCGCAAGUGCACCAACACCUACAACCGGACUCGGAAGUGAAAGUGGGGUGACAGAAAGUAGAGUUGAUACAAUAAGAUCUGCCGAACCUAUCAUUACCAUAGCUCCGACUCCAGGCGCAGGAGUAGGAUUAUCAACUUUAGAACAGAAUGAAGAUGAAAUACAGUUUGGUCCAGAUGGAUUGCCACUGGCUAAAGCUCCAGCAAUGAUCUUGGAUACAAAAGGGAAGAGAGGAAGAGAAGGCGACGACAAAAAGAAGAAGAAAAAGAAAAAGAGGAAGAACAACUUCCAACCGCUCUUGCCGACAUUCGAUCCGGAAGAACAAUAUGAUCCUAAUAGGCCAAACGAUCUAGGUGAAUAUCAACAGUAUAGAAAGAAAUUGAGAGAAGAAAGAAGGAUCAAAUUACUUGAAGAGAGAAGAAGGAAAGCUCAAGGCUUGAGUAGUGGUGAAAGUAGUUAUUAUACUGAUAGUGAAGAUGAUGCACCAAGAAGAGAUGCUCCAAAAAUGUUCGCUCCUCCUAAGAUAUAUAACGAGUCUGCAUCCACGAAUAAAUUCCCUCCUCCGCCUUCCAUUGCAGCUCCUUCAGCUUCAGGAGACGAUGCUUAUGCUAGAAGGGCAGCUUUGUCUUCGCAACCCGCCAGCAGUGAUGAUGCUUAUGCAAGGAGGGCAGCUCUGUCUCAAAAUUCUGCAAGUGGAGAUGACGCAUAUGCUAGAAGAAUAGCAAUGUCCCAAGGCGUCGCACCACCUUCUUUCGCCCCUUCAUCAUACGCACCUGCUCCACCCUCGUUCCAAUCACCACAAUCACCACGACCACCACCCUCUUUCGCACCGCCAUCCCAAUCCUCGUUUGACAUGCCUUCCAAUGCAUCAUCAUCUGAUAUCCCAGGUUUCGGAUUGUCUUCCUCGUCCUCAGCCCCAGUACCGACACCUAGCAUUUCAAACGCUGAGAAAGACGAUUUCGCAAAGAUGCUCGAAGAAAGAAAGAAAGCCGCUGAAGCGAUAGCGGCAAAAUUCAAAGCACUUGCUGGAGGUGGACAAUCGGCACCUUCUCUACCAGUGCCACCUGUAAAUGCACCUAUUUUAGCCGAUACCGAAGACAGUGGUAACGGAACUUUUGCUGAGAAGAUGAUGCGAAAAUGGGGUCAUCAAGAAGGAUCCACUCUUGGAAUACGAAAUGAGGGUCUUCUUCAUGCGUUAACAGCAGAACAUGUGACCAAUCAACCUCAACUGAAACCAGGAGAACAAUUAUCCAAAAGACAACUAGCGAAACAAAAAGCUGCAGCUGCAAAUGCCAAAAAUCGAAAAUGGGUUCAAGCUACAAAUGCAAGAGGAAGAAUUGUUAACGCGAACGAAGAUGCAAGACUCGUAGAUCAAAGAGGAAAGAAAGGUGAAGAAAGCAGAGUCAUAUGUCUGGUUGGUUUAGUUGGGAGCGUGGAUGAAGUAGAUGAAGAGUUAAGUGAUGAGAUAGGUGAAGAAUGUAGUAAACAUGGGAUCGUUGAAAGAGUUGUUCUACAUAUGGUUGAACCUCCGCCUCCUGAACCAGAAGAAUGUUUGAGGAUUUUCGUGGUCUUCUCGGGAAUGGCAGGUGCUUGGAGAGCUAUCAAAGAACUAGAUGGCAGAUUUUUUGGCGGAAGGAAAAUUAGAGUUACUUAUUUCGAUGAAGCGCGAUUCGACAGGGGUGAUAGGGACGGUGAGAUUCUGUGA